UUCUCCAUCUGCUUUCUUGGUUUCAUCGUUCCUUUAUACCUGACAAACACACGGAUUUUGCAUCUUCGAUCAUAUUUGCUCGAAGAGCACAUCGAAACUUCACAACAACGAUUAUCGAACACAAAAACACACACAAUGGCACCAGCACCAAUGCCUACCGCCUCCAUCCUCCCCGAAGCCCCACCGGCCAUAAUCCCCAUCCCGAACGCCAGCUCCCGCCGCGAUGGCUUCAGUCCGGGCGCUGUAAUCGGCAUAGUAAUAGCCAUCGUUUGCCUCCUCCUCGCCGUCCCCAUCAUCGCCAUUCUCCUCCGCCGAUACGAGAAGACGCGUCUGCGCGAGACACCCAAGCUCAGCCCAGGGAGCAGUGACGUCAGUCUGCGCAGUGUCCAGGAGAACCAUAGUUUAAAGAGCAUUCUUGUGACGAAGGAGUUGUCGAGAUCGAGUAUGAGGAUGGAGAGGGUGGAUUCGGGAUCUAGUAUUAGGAGGCCGGAGGAGUGUUAUGGGCAUGGCAGAGAGAGGGAGAGGGGGUGGAGUUGCACUGAGGUUAGGGGUGGGUGAGAGACUGGAGGGGAUUCAAGUUUUUGCUUUCUAUGGCGACUGGUCGUCAUAUCAGAUCCUUGCACACCAUGCGAUGAGUACAAUCGACUCCUCGCAGGCCUCGCACCGCAACUUGCAUUCAUCGAGAUGGCGAUAGGCAUACGCCCAUUCAGCCGAGCCUGCGAGGAAGUGUCUACCGAUGAUGGGAGUGCGUGGGCUUCGCCAAGACUA